AUGACUCCGAAGGAUACAAUGCCCAGAAAGAAGUCUUGUAAUUAUUGCCACAAAUCAAAAGUGCGAUGUGACCUCAAAAGGCCGUGUUGCACAAGAUGCAGAAAUCGAGAUCUCGAUUGCACAUAUGCCGAUGCAAAACUCGUCCAUGAAGUUGCCUCGGGUCAGCCUUCUGAAUCUACUGUCGAUGAAUCCUGGUUCUCUACGGCACUUGCUCCGGAAAUUACCACUACCAACUCCCUGGAUUUCGACCACAUCAAUCUGGUAUGCACUGUGGAUGAAAACAGAAUCCGCGCUCGCUGGCUUGAGAGUCUCCUGCCUUCCAUGGACCAGAGACCGAAGCCGUUCCAUGCGUCGACGAUGGCAUUCGUCACGCGUGUGUUCAAGUCUUACCCUAGAAUGUUCCUGACCGAGAACCUCCCUCCUUUCAUUCACUGGGCUCAAAUGGCAUAUCGGGUUGCUGAGCCAUUGGCAAAUUGCAUGAACAUAGCACGCAUGUGGGCGGUACAAACUCCCGAGAGCGCAGCUAUGCGUGCAUUUUCCGGCCACUUGGAGCUCCUGGCCAUAUUACAGGGUUACCUUCUCUACGCCAUAAUGCUCUUCGACUCGGCGAAUGCUGCCAGCAUGGUUGAACAGGAUAUCAUGAUCAAGCUCCAAGAUUUAGCGGGCGACCUUGCAAGCAGAGGAACACUCUGCCCAGCCGAGACAAACGGCAGUCGGCCGGACUGGGAAUCGUGGAUCGUCGCUUCUGCAAAAAGAAGAACACUCUUCGCUACUGUUUUACUUGACAACUUAGUCAACUUCACCCUGGGCUCUCCAUCAUUCAUUGCCGUAGAACUCGCCGACCUCCCGGCCCCAGCAAGUAAGACUCUUUGGCAUGCGCAGGAUCGACGAUCUUGGAACGCGGCCUAUAAUCAACAGCUGAGCCUCUGGAGUGACGGAGAGCUACUCAUCAGUGAUCUCUGGCCACAACCCGGGCCCAUUCCAGCGCCGGUGCGACAGAAGAAGAUCGACAACUGGCUGUCGUCAGUGGACGAGUUUGGAAUGAUGAUUUAUGCCGUUACCUCUCAUACAUACAAUGAGGCUUGA